AUGAAAAAAAAAUUAAGCUUAUCAUCAAAACCUCUCUCAUUCAUAUAAUUGGACGAUAAAGGAAGAAAUUCUUAUUGUAAGAGUCAUUGUUUAAAAUAUGAAUAAUUUGAAUAUAGAAAUGGAAAUUGUUACAUUUGUUGUGAAUAAAAAGAAUGUAAUUAGGAUAAUGAACCAUUAAGCAAUGCUGAAAUAGUAACACUAUUAAAUCAAAUAUUAUCAUAAACAAUUUCAGAUGAAUUUAAACAAUAAUAAAAAUAGAAAAUAAAUAGUUUUAAAGAAGAUGUUAAUAAGUCAAUUGAACUAUAUUGUGAUAGAGUAAUUCAAAAUUUAGAAAAGAAUUGUGAAUAACAAAAUCAAAUUAAUUAAAAAAUUAAAAUUAUUUUAGAAAAUAUUGAAAAUCAAAAUAUUAGUCAAUUAGCCUAUGAAAUAUUAAAAGCAUAAGAAUUAGAUUGCAUUAAUGUUAAAAUUGGAGUUACAGCUGUAUUAACUUAAGAAUUUUAUAGAAUAUUAAUGAGAUGUGAAACUACUUUGAAUUGUAUUCAUUCUUUAACUUCUGACGAUCAAAAAAAUGUAAAAGAUGAAUACAAUGUUUUAAAAAAAAAGGUUGAUCUUGUUAAAUUGAAAAGUAUGUAGUUUUUAAAAUAACAUGAAAUAAGUAUUAAAAAUUCUAAAUAAAGUAUAAAGAGAAUCUAUUAAGAUAUUAAGAAUUAAUAAAUUAUUGCUGUAAAUUCUGGUUAAGAAUUAAACAAUUAAAUUACAAUAAUUAAACCUAGUCAAUAUAGUUUAUUUGGAUAAUUUGAAUCCUUAAAGAAUAUAAUACCAGCAGAAUUAUUUUGUAUAAGUCCUAAUGGUGAAUAUUAUGCUUGGGGAAGUAAUACAAAAAUUUAAAUUUAUUAAUUGUAAACUAAAACUUAUAAACAGAUUAAUUGCCAUUCUAAUUUAGAUUCAAUUGUAUUUAAUAUUGUUAAUGAUUUUGUCAUAAGUACUUUUGAUUAGAAAAUUAAUUUUUGGGGAUUGAAUGAUAAAAAUUGGGAAUUCUAAUGUUCUUUCAAUAUGUUACCUGAAAGAGUACAUUAUUUAAUAUUUAUAGAAAAUGGAAAAAAAUUAAUUUGUUAAUCAAUUUCUAAAUUAACUAUUUUAAUUAAGGAAAAUUAGAAUUGGAUAAUAUUUUAAUAAAUCCAUUAAAAUUUUGCUACAACAAUAUGGAAUAAUACAAAUUCUAUGAUCAUAACAUCUAAUUCAAAGGCUCAAAUAUAAACAUGGUAAAAAAACAAAAAAGGAGUAUUUUAAUUGAUUUCUACAGAAUGGGAUCCCGAAAAUAAAUUAACUAAUCAAGAAAUGAGCAAUUUGUAAAUAAAUGAUGAUGGUUCUUUAUUGUUUUAAAGUCAAAGUAAUAAAUUGAAGAUUUGGUAAGUUUUUGAAGAUGCAAGAUUAGAAUUAAUUUUUUAAUAAGAAAUUGAUGAAAAUAAUAUAAUCAUCACAAAUGAUUUUACCAAUUUAUUAGCUUAAAAUGAAAAAUCGUUAAUAUGGUAUGAAUUAAUAAAUGAGGAUUAAUGA